AAAUGCAAACAAUCAUUCUGUUAGUCGGCGUGAAGUGCUCGUGUCUAUUAGACGUUUUAUUUCGUCCUCAAUAAAGUUUGUUUGAAAUUUGUUUUUUUUGUUAUUUAAAGUACUGGAUAGUGUAUUUAAAAAAAGAACAAUAAUAAUAAACAACUUUUGAGUGGUUAAUUAAUAAAAAUUGUUGAAGAAUAAGUAUUAAAUUUUGUGAAUAAACGAGAUUACAACAUUUUUAGGCCGGGCUCAGGAAUUUUGUACCGCGUAAACAUUGUGAAAUCUCUAGUGCUUUUUUUUUUGUGAUUAAUAAUUUAUUAUACUAAUUAAGUGUUCAAAAAAUUUUUGACGGAUUGUGAACGCACAAGUGUACAGCCAGACAACCUUGCAUGACCGGUUUUUUCAUAACAGAAAAAUGCUGCCAAGGAAAAGAAGCACAUUGGUCUUAACAAUAUUGUUCCUGAUAAAGUCAUCUGAACAGCAUGGCUCAGGAGCUCCUCCUGGGGCUUGCAUCGACCAGCUACCACGACAUUCAACAAUCGAGCCACAGUCCACUGUACCCCCGUACCUGAUACUCACAUCAUCGUCCCAAGUCCGGCAGGGAGACACCCUGAAUGUGACUAUAGGGAGUCCAGCGGGGGCGCCCGUCCCCAUUGGAGGGUUCAUAUUACAAGCCAGAGAAAUACAAAACCCAGAUAAGAUUGUGGGCAAAUUCAUCAGUGUGCCAGACCCCGCGGCCACCCACAUCAUCAACUGUAGGGGCAACAAUGAUACCGUAACGCACUCAUCACCCGAUGAUAAACCGGCCAUGACAUUCCAGUGGCAAGCUCCUACCGACUUCUUAGGCGGUAUUGAAUUCAGAGCAACAGUAGCCCAAACAUACGCAAUGUUCUGGAGGAACGUGGAAUCGCCUCUGGUGGAAGUGGUGACACCAGACACCAUUAUCACCACGCUGCCUCCCAGUCCAACUACAACCAGUACCAUAAGAGAGCCGCCGGUUAUCAUGGAGUCUAAGCCAAAACCUGCAAUGCAGAAACGCGAUACAAUCUACGAGGGUUGCGCAGAUACAAAACUAUGCUUUGGUGUACCACAGAACUGCAUCCCUAAAGGAGAUUGCAAGGCCAUUGUUGCCAUAUUCGUAGCAGGAGAUGUAUACACCUUCGAAAUCCAGGGUACAGAUAAUCCAAAAUAUAUCGCAGCCGGAUUAAGUACAGAUAACAAAAUGGGAGAUGACAGUGCAAUGGAAUGUGUGAGGAAUGAUAACGGCAGAGUCAGUCUAUUCACGUCCUGGACUUACCCGAAGGCCGAGCCCUACGUACGAAGGUCUGAUUCUCCUCAAGAUAUAGUUCAGCUGUUGGAGUCUUCGAUUAUUGAUGGUAAAUUGUACUGCAAGUUCAGAAGGGACACCGUAUCAGUUGUGAAAGGGCAAACUUUCGAUCUCGCAAACAAUAAAUAUAAUUUGAUGGUCGUAUCUGGAGAUAGCAUGAAAGAUCCCGAUCGCGUGGGAUUCCACUCGAUAGCUUAUGAGUCAACCGGUGAACCGUUGGCUUUGUCCACGGUUGGGUCAGCGGCUGGUGCCUCCAAGUUGUUGCUGAAGCUCCACGGAUCCUUCAUGUUGGCUGCUUGGUUAGGAACUGCCUCUUUGGGCAUCUUGCUUGCCAGAUACUUCAGACAAGUAUGGGUCGGCAAACAGCUCGGUGGCAAGGACAUCUGGUUUGCUUACCACAGGAUCCUGAUGGUGGUGACCUGGUUACUGACAGUAUGCGGGUUCAUACUGAUCCUGGUGGAAGUUGGCGGCUGGUCCACCACUGGCGACAACCCUCACGCUAUCACUGGCAUAGUUACUGUCGUGUUGUGCUUCAUACAACCAAUUGGUGCGUACUUCAGACCGCAUCCUGGUACUAAGAAGAGGCCAAUAUUCAACUGGCUACAUUGGCUUGUCGGCAACGCUGCUCAUAUACUUGGGAUCGCAACAAUAUUCCUGGCAGUGUAUCUUCAAAAAGCGGAAUUACCUUCGUGGAGCGUCUACAUACUGGCCGCUUUCGUCGCAUUCCACGUUAUCAUGCAUUUCGUUUUAUCGCUGAUCGUGUGCGUCUCCGAAGGUCGUAUUAGCAACGGUCGAGUGAACACAUUCCCAAUGAAGGACAUGCUGGGCUCGCGCCAAGCGUCUCAGGUCGACAGGAAUACAGAUGCACCGUUCUCCAGUUUCAGGAAGCUACUACUUGGAAUAUACGCUCCAAUCAUUAUACUAUUCGCCGUGGCCAUGAUUUGUCUCGUCGCGUUAGCUCCCAUAGCAGAGACUUACACCACUUUGAUGGGAGCAUAAUAUAAGGUUUCUUAAUUACGACCAAAUGAAUUUAAAUGUAUGAGGGCAUCUUGACACAGUGUUUCUCAAACCUAUGAUGAUAAAGUGACCUUGAGGUGUUUUAUUUAUUAAUUUAUAGGAUCACCAACAUAACCCUUUCAGAUCUGAACGAUACGGGCGUGAGUUGAACUUAAAAAAAAAAUCUAAAACAGCGCGCAAUUCAUUUUUACGCACGAAGCUGAAAUAACAUGAUAGUGAGAUUCUAAACCAGCCAAUAAGAAAUCAUUUUAUCGGUUAGGUGGUGCAGUAGUCUCGUGCGUGCCGGCAAGAUGGCUUGGCUCCAAAACACGAAAAUAUAUUUAAUCUGAAAGAAAAAAAAACUUGGGUCUGAAAGGGAUAAGACAUUAAACAUUUCAAUACAAUAAAUACACUGGCAGAUUAUAUCUAACUGUUCUUACAUUUAUGGGCAACCACAGCAUGCUUUGUGUUUGAUAAACAUUAAAAUGGAAUUAAAUUAUUAAAUGUCAUUAAAUAAAUAAAGAUAUUAACAAUAUGAAUAAUACGAACAACAUCUCAGACGGUUGGGAUUCCGAGGCGGCUCACUCCCGGGAAAGAUGCAGAAAGCGGUGCUCUUAGAUUCUGCUCGCAUUGUACGCCGGUUUUUCUCCCUGAGGCCCUGAACCCGGGCCGACUGUGCUUCUGCCGGGGGUUAGUUGCCAUCUCCUCUCCUUAAGAGGGGAGACGAGAAUUUGAAUAAAAAUUGAAUAAUAAUAUAAUUCAUAUUGAAUUUUAAAAUAUGCAACCACUUCUUUAUUGUACUUAAUAUUUGUGUUAUGAUAUUGACGUUAUGCAUUUUGGAGCAAGGAGUUCUAGGGGAUCUCAAAAAGGUCAAGACUUAAAACACUGUCAGAGUAUUAUGCAGUAAGUGCAUUCACAAUAGGAUUACUCAAUUAGUAAACUUUGGAUAAAAUAUCAAAAUCCUCUCAAUCUAAAGGUUAAGAGUUGAAAAGCUGGAAGAGAUCCCUUUUAGCGAUGAGGCCGUCCACUGUUUUCUCGCUGUGUAAACUAAAAUAACUUUUUGUAAUUGUUUGCAUCUAUAAUAGAAAGAAAAAAAAAUUAUUGCCAACAACAAAAAGAGUUACACUUAUUAACAAUAGAAAACAAUAUUAGGAAGUUUACUAUUGUAAUAUUUUAGAGCAUACAAUAAAGAGAUAUAAUAGAUAUAUCUAUCUAUUAUAAUUCUAUGCAUAUUUUUAUACUACCAUAUUUUAUAAGAGCACAUUCUGGAAGUCACGUGACUUUUAAAUUCAAACUUUGAGAAACACUGCAAAAGGUAUCAAACCAAUGACAUUAUUAUAAAUAUUUAAGCGCAAAAAUGAAUAUGAUAUGUACCUACUUAUUUGUAAACAUUUUGUAUAUGUUGAAAUUUUAAAUUAGAAUCUUCAUAAGAAAGUAGGAAAGUGAAUGGAAAUUUAUAUGUAAUUUAAUUUCAAGGAUUUUUAUAUAACACACUUUUAUGAAGGAUUUUCUAAUAUAAUUUUAUAGGUAGUCUAACUUAUAAUAAUUAUUUGUAAAUAUACUAUAAAUACUUAUAUUUAGAGUUUAAUUUUGAGAAUUUUAACCAAAUCAUUUCUACCUACUUACAGUAAAUUAGGUCAUAGUUUUUAUACAGUAAUUUUUACAAUCAAGAAAAGGAGCAAGAUUUUAUCUUUUUUAAUUCCCUAUAAACAUACUAAAAUAUUAUGAAUCAUGUAGAGAUAAAUGUGUAUAAAAAACCAUUAUGAAUAAUAAAUAAGUAAAUAGUAAAAAAAGGAAUUAUUUGGCAGAAAUGGAGCAUUGCAUGUCACAUAAUUGUAGUGCAUUUGAUAUUUCAAUUUUGAUCCUUCACGUGGAAUAAAAUAGGCACUAAGAAAUAAGUAUUAUUAUUUUAUUCCUCUAAUUUAUUUUUAUAUAAAAAAAGCAUUAAAACAAAAAUAACUAAGGCACAUUCAUGUAUAACAGUUUACAUUACUGGUUUGAAAUACCAAAAUUUUAUAUAAAUAAACUAUAUGUAACAAAUCCGUCCUAUAAAAGAUUUUUAAAAAUAAUUAUAAUGCAGAAAUGUCUAUUAGUAAUAUUAAAUAUAUUUUAUUGUAAAUAUAGUCUUAAUGAAUGUUUAAAAAUAAACAAAAAUAUAAAAACAAA